UUAAGCAUUUGAUGCACUUGCUUUUCAAAAUGAGUCUCUAAGACAGCCAAACACACACAACCAACAGCUCUCUGUGAGGCAGUGGAUGUGCUUGUCUCUCCCAGACACAGAUGGGGGAAGUUCACAGGGCUUCCAGGUGAUGCCUUUGGCACGUUUAACGUGCUUAGCACUUGGCAGAAGCCUAUCUGAAACGCAGGGCAUCUGAGGGUGCUGCACGGUUUACAGGGCUGCCAAUUAACCCUUGCUGGUCAGUCCCAUUCAAUAUGUUAUUUACAAAAGAAAGCUCGACUGACUUAAACUCUGCCGUGCAUGCUGGUGCUGUGAAAUUGCAGACACGGAGCAGGGCAGGGGGGGAGGAGAAACCCACAACUGUGAGCAGUCAGAGUUUUAAAGGGCGUUUUAAUGAAAGGGCCCCGGCUCCAGGGUUUGUGUAAAUGAGCGCUGAGAGGGGCAGCUCGCAUUCCCACCACCGAGCAGGGUGUUCCUCCCAGAGCUUUUCCAACGUCAGGCGUGUUUGUGUGUUUUGCCCUCAGUUGAAAUAACAGCUCCAUCGAGAAGUCAUGGGCUAAAAUAGGAGAGACUGGUCUCUACUGGCACUCAGCUGGCAGCCACAGAAGACUCCCUGCCUGGCCCCAUAAAUACCAUGCUUGUGUAACUAGUUGCGGCCAGAUGCAUACACAAGCACUGCAGUCACCGCUGACCCUCAGCCCCGGAGGCGGCAUCCAUCGGGUUCAGUGCUUACGGUGCUGCUCCUAGCCACGUGCCCUGCCUCCUUGCUCCACUUUUAUCCCCGGCUCUCCCCUGGGUCCCAGGCGGCAUCAGCCUCGCUCCCUCCCCUUGCCGUUUUCUUUGCGCCUCUUGGCACAGCGGCUGCAGUUCCAGCUCGCCUUGGGGCUCUGUGCAGAGCCUCGAAUCCUGCCCAGCUCCUCAGAGAGCGGCACAGUCUGCGCCCCUCGGUCACCCGGCGGGGAAGAUGCCUUCGCCUUGAAACGCUGCGGUACCCUCAUCCUGUCCGCCGCUCCUUCGGCUUCAACAAUCGUGGAAGAGGAAGCGGACGCGAUUCCAAGCCGCUGGUGGGGCAGGGAAGCGGUGAUGCUCUGCCCCAGCCCCCUCGGAGGACGCCUGAGCGCGGCGUUGCCAUAGCGACGGUUCCGCUGGUCCCUAGAUAAGGCAGGCGGGAGCAGCCCCCCGCGGCCCCGGCACCGAGAGGUCCCGCUCCAGCGAGCCCUGCCACCAACCGCACCCUCCGCACCGCUUCGCCUCCUCUACGUCCUGAAAGGCUGCAACAAGGUCUCCUCAGAUCCAGGGUGAACUAUCCCAGCCCUCUCAGCCUCUCUACAAGUAAGAGGAACUUUAAUUUAUCAAAGUAUUUUUAUAAUAGCUUUGAAGUGAAGGCCAUUUCAAUGAUGUCAACAGAAUGUGUUCAGCCCCUGGAUAUCCCAGAAGACAGAUUGGACAAGCGAGACUCCCGCUGUAGCCAUUUAGAAGAUCUUUCAGAGCAGCUGAUUAAGAGCUGUGACCUAAAAAAGAAACCAAGGAAAGGUAAAGCCAUCCCAGCUUCCCAAAACACUGAACAAGAGCAAAAGAAGCCAAGGAGAAAAGACACACCGGCUUGGCACACCCCACCACCUCUAACAGGCAUACUUUCAGACUUCUCUGACAGCCUGCUGAAGAGGUAUGGCAUCACAGAGAAGCCCCAGAGAGAGAGAGUGAGCCCAGGCCCCCAGAUGGCUGACACGGAGCAGAAAAAGCCCAGGAGAAAAGAUACGCCUGCAAUACACAUCCCACCCUUGCUAAUAGGCACUAAGCUGCUUACAGAAGAAAAGCAAACAGUGAUUAUGGAAGAAGAAAAGGAAGGAGACACAAUCCCCAGCUAAGAUCGCAGUGAUAUUUUCACUAAGGCAGUGUAAAUAAUUCUGGGUCAUUCAAAGUGGCAGCAAACAGGAAAAUUUUCAAGCAUGCACUUGAAUUCAAUUUAUCUUCAAGUGCUUAUCUGCAUCUCAUGAAAUCCCAACAAGCAUCCUAGGAGAUGAGGACAUAUAAACAAAAGCAGCUUCCCAGGAUUGUUGUCACAGAGGAAUUAAUCUCAGAUCUAGUUUUGGGCUAGUGUGGGUAUAAGGGUUAAGAGAAAGGACACCACCAACUCGCUGUGUCUGGUACUAAAUACCAGAGCAAUUGGUAGCACAACUGAGAAUUCAAAUUGCGCUUUCCCCUGACAAUUCACAUCAUUUCUCCAUCUUUCCUCUGCUGGAAUAACACUGAUGCCAGAGAAAAUUCCCAGGUGCAGAACUGCUGGAGAAGGUGGGAGGGCAGAAACCAACUCUACAGUCCCUGAAAGGUAAAGCCACCUCUUCUUCUGCCUCUAUCUGCUCAUCACAUGUGUUUGUGAGCAGAAGAAGGGAGAUUCACCCUAGAAUGGAAACUUCCAGCUCACGGCUGUCAGCUUUGGCACAUCAAAGGAUGGAAGGCAGCGCUCUCCCAAGAGCCACACGUGCGAAGAGCAAUGCCUGCCUGUUACAGCAGUGUGGACUACUGAACUUUUUUUCUUGCAAAGGUUUUAUUCCCAGGCUGGUGGAUAGUAGGAUCCUUUCACUUCGUUUUGGUUUUUUGAUAUCUGGGUUGUCAGGAGGGGCUGUAAAGAUUAAAAGUCAGUCUGUGAGAGUAGAACAUGAAGAGGAAUAGUAUUGCCCAUCAGCACACACAUAGUGCAAGGUGGACUAGCAACACACUUCUUCUUAGGUACGAUUCAAUUAGAAACUGUUAUCACAGCCAGCUACAGCCCCAGCAGCUGUACAGGGAUGAGUAGUUGUAGAACAUUACACAAACUAGAAAGGGGUAGUUUUGUGCUUACUUUAACAGCUCUGUACACUAGCCAGAGCCUUCCUCUUCGUUGGACCCAUAGCAACCACAGCAGAGAGAAUUACUACAUUUAAUAUCACUAGUCCAAACAGUUAAAGGUUUAACACCAUUAGGCAGGCAGCUGAGGAACACACUAGCUUGGACUUCACUUGCCACAGUGAUUGACCCAGCAUAUAUCAUGUAGUCCAUUUGCAGCUAUCCAGCUUCAAGAUGUAAUCAACAAGCUUACAAUAAAAAGUGAAGUAUUUGCGUGUACAA